AUGAAUAUGAGCAUUAAGUGGGAACGAACUAAAAUUGAUUUAGAAUCUGCUUAUUUCAUCGUUCGUUAUUCAGAAAUUGCUUUACGAAACGGUUCACCAUUCGUAAAUGAUGGUGAAACAUUCAUCAG